CAGUACGUAUUAUUAUUUGGUACAAAGUUAUUUUCUUUUAUUUGUCAUUAAAUUGUUCGUCUGUUCUGCAACAAAUUUAUAGUUCAUAAGCGUCCUUUUUGUGUUAAAUCAUCAUGAAGAAUCGAUUUAAUAGUUAUGAUGUUGCUUGCAUCACAGCUGAACUCCAAAAAUUGGUUGGUUUGCGUGUGAAUCAAAUUUAUGACAUUGAUAACAAAACCUACUUGAUAAAAUUACAAGAUAAAGAUGUAAAACAAACGCUUUUGUUUGAAUCGGGCAUUCGGUUUCAUACGACGGCAUUUGAAUGGCCAAAGAAUCCAUCACCAUCCGGAUUUACCAUGAAAUUGCGUAAGCAUUUGAAAAACAAACGUCUCGAAAGCUUACAGCAAAUGGGCACCGAUCGUAUAAUUGACUUUCAGUUUGGUAUUGGUGAUGCCACUUAUCAUCUGAUUUUGGAAUUGUAUGAUCGUGGUAAUUUGAUUUUGUGCGAUCAUGAAAUGACCAUUCUCAACGUAUUGCGACCACACACUGAGGGCGAAGAAGUACGUUUUGUUGUCCGGGAAAAAUAUCCAGAGGCACGUGCACGUGUGAAUGCAAAUCGACCGAGCGAUGAAAUCAUACGUGAGGUCUUAGGCAAUGUGAAAUCUGAUGAUUCUCUCAAACGAAUUUUGACACCGAUUUUAGAUUGUGGUCCAACGGUUUUAACUCAUGUUCUGAUGAAGUAUGAUCUGGACAAUUGCAAGGUGAAAGGUCAUGGGAGCGAUAAGGUUGCCGUUGAAGAAACACCAGUGAACGAGAAUCAAAAGGGCAAAACGAAAAAAGGAAAACAACAAAAAGCUAAAGAUAACAACAGUUCGGCGCGGUUCUUUGACGAAACAAAAGAUUUUGAUACGUUGGUAAAGGCAUUGAAUGAAGCGAAUGACAUCAUGAAAACUGUUGAUCGCAAAGAUAAUGAACCACAUGGAUUUAUCAUUCAAAAAACCGAAAUGAAACCAUCAAGCACCGAGGGUGCCGAACCGGAAGAAUUCCAUUAUAACGUUGAAUAUCAUCCGUAUUUAUUUGAACAGAAUCGUACGUCCAAAUACAAAGAAUUUGCCACAUUUGAUGCGGCUGUCGAUGAGUUCUAUUCUACAAUGGUUGGUCAAAAAAUCGAUUUGAAAACGUAUCAACAGGAAUGCGAAGCAUUAAAAAAACUAUCGAAUGUGCGUAAAGAUCAUGAAAAACGGUUAGAAGAAUUGAAUAAAGCGCAGCUAUUGAAUAAACAACGUGCCGAGUUAAUCACCCGAAAUACGGAAUUGAUCAAUAGCGUGUUGGUGACAAUGCGCAGUGUAAUUGCCAAUCAAAUGUCAUGGGAGGAUAUAAAGGAAUUUGUUAAAAAUGCACAAGCAGCUGGUGACAAGGUGGCAAAUAGCAUCAAACAAUUGAAAUUAGAAACAAAUCAUGUGGCAUUGUUACUUACCGAUCCCUAUGCAGCAUUCGAUCAAUCGGAACCCGAUGCGGAAACGGCCGAUAGUGAUGAUUUGCCAUCGAUGGUGGUGGACAUUGAUUUGGGUUUGUCGGCUUAUGCAAAUGCCACUCGUUACUAUGAUCAAAAACGUAGUGCCGCAGACAAGGAAAAUCGUACCAUCGAGUCAUCGACCAAAGCCUUGAAGAAUGCCGAACGAAAAACUCAGGAGCAUUUGAAAGAAGUGCGCACCAUUUCGAAUAUUUCCAAGGCACGUAAAGUGUUUUGGUUUGAGAAAUUUUAUUGGUUCAUUAGUACAGAAAAUUAUUUGGUAAUUGGCGGACGAGACCAGCAACAAAAUGAAUUGAUUGUCAAACGAUAUUUGCGUCCGAAUGAUAUUUACGUGCAUGCAGACAUACAGGGUGCUUCAAGUGUUGUCAUUCGAAAUCCGUUUACUGGAAAUUCAUCCGAUCCACAGGCUAUCAUUCCACCAAAAACACUACUCGAAGCUGGCGCUAUGGCCAUUUCGUAUUCGGUUGCAUGGGAUGCGAAGGUAACAACAAGCGCAUACUGGGUGCGAGCCGAGCAAGUCAGUAAAACCGCACCAACGGGAGAAUAUCUUGAGACAGGUAGUUUCAUGAUAAGAGGAAAAAAGAAUUUCUUACCGCCAUGCCAUUUGAUUUUGGGUCUUAGCAUUAUGUUCAAAUUGGAAGAGUCAUCGAUAGCACGACAUGCUGGCGAGCGCUGUGUACGAACCUUUGACACCGAUGCACAAAAAAAGUAUGAACUUAAUGCUGAAAGUGUACAAAGUGAAGAUGUUGCAGAAGCGCAACAAUCAGAUAAAGAGGAUACAGCGGCCGCAAAUGAAGACAGUGAUAGUUCAGAUAGCGAUGAUGACGCAAACCAUUUUCCAGAUACUCAUAUCAAAAUUGGCGGCCUAAGUACUCAAGUUAGUCAAAUAAGUAUUGAAUCGAGCAAAACUGCGGAAACGGCUGCUGGCAAUGACGAUGAUGAAGAAGAAGGUGCUAUUAUCCAUGCAGCACCUCAGCAAUUACCACGCAAAAAUCGUGUCAUUCAAAAAGCGAAAGGAAAACAUAGCGAUUCAAAGAAAAAACAACAACAACAACCACAACAACAGAAAAUGGAGAAAAAUGAUAAUGUUGGUGAAAAUGAAAAAUCGAAGUCGGGUUUUAAACGCGGUCAAAAGAGCAAAUUAAAAAAAAUCAAAGAAAAAUACAAGGAUCAAGACGAAGAAGAGAAACAAAUGCGAAUGGAAAUUUUGAAGUCGGCCGGCAACAAGAAGCCCAACGAAACAAAGGAAAAAGAAAACGAAAAAGCCGAUUCGGAAAAUUCAAAACGAAAUCCAAUGCACCAAAGCGGCAAAAAACCACAAUGGGAGAAUAAAAGUGCUGAAGCAGCAGCAGCAGGUGAUGUCGAAGCUGGCGAUGAAGAUGAAAAUCUUGGUGAUGGCAAUGAUACUGAUUUAUUAAACUCGUUGACCGGUUGCCCAGUUGAUGAAGACGAAUUACUCUUUGCACUGCCCGUUGUCGCACCGUAUAAUGCAUUACACAAUUACAAGUACAAAGUUAAAAUAACACCGGGCACAGGACGACGAGGUAAAACUUCGAAGACCGCAUUCGCAAUGUUCUUAAAGGAGAAGCUGUGUUCAAACCAAGAAAAAGAUCUUAUUAAAGCCAUUAAACCGGAUGCGGCGGCACGAAACAUGCCCGGAAAAGUAAAACUUUCAGCACCACAAAUGCAACGCUUACGGAAUUAAAUUCUAUAAAUUGUUUCUAACAAAUAAAAAUUCUUUGUGAUUUUCCAUUUAAUUUUUGUUAUCGGUGAAAAAGAAUAAUAAUAAUAAAAAUCAAUCUAUUAAAUCAGAA